CUGAAUUCGACUAGACAACGAAGAUGAAUCCUGAAAUCAUGGAUGGAAGAAACUGAGAACUGACGACUGGAAGAAAGAAAAGCUCGACAAAUUUUGAGGGGAGAGUCAGUUAUGGUUGUCUCCUUUGAUUUGCAGACUUUCAUUCUGCGUGCUCGAGUGCUGAAGCUGUAUAGACAAGCUCUACGAAUUGCUAAAAGAGCGCCUGUUCCCAGCAGAGGCGAGUUGAUGCAAACAAUUAGACAAGAGAUGGAGAACAACCGAGCUUGCAACGACAAACAAAGGAUCCGUUACUUGAUUAGCGAAGGAAUGGAGAGAUUGAAGGGUUUAGAUGAGAUGCUCGAUAUGCAAGGCCAUUAAUCAUCAUUGCGUUACGGUUCGAAGGAAUGAAAAAUUUUGGUCACAUUUUCCAUCAUUUGUUGUUAUCUAAGAUUGAAUUUGUAACCUCUUUGGAAUCUUGAACAUGAGUUUUACUUGGAAACAAGCAGGAAAGAAAGAUGGAAGCAUGGAACACAAUGAUUUUUUUUCUA